AUGGCUCUUCCGAUUUUUUUUGUGAUUCUGGUCAUAGGCAUCCAAGCAUUUGCAGCACGCGGGUGCGUCGAGACCGAGAGAAAUGCAUUGCUGGCUGUCAAAGCGGGCCUCACUGAUCCAAGCAACCGCCUGUCCUCGUGGGAAGGCCAAGACUGCUACAAAUGGCGGGGAGUCGUUUGUAGCAACACAACCGGUCAUGUUUUGAAACUCAACCUGCGAAACUCCUAUAACGAUGUUAAUAAAAGACCGUCAUCGGCUUUGAGUGGUAAGAUCAAUCCAUCUCUGCUUCUCUUAAAUCAUCUGAAGUGCUUAGAUCUCAGCUUGAACAAUUUCAAUGGGAUUCGCAUCCCUGCGUACUUUGGUUCUCUAAAAAAUUUGCG